AUGGCCGAGGAGCAGCGGGACCUCAUCUCCGACCGCGGCAGCGGCGUGCUCAAUGGCAGGGACACCCAGAGGUCUGCGAUGGGCCGCAAAGCCGUCCUCUCCACGCUCUCCAUCCUGGUGGCCCUGCUGAUCGUUGGCCAGGCCGUCACCAUCUACUUCGUCUACCAGCAGAGCGGGCAGAUCAGCAAACUGACCAAGACCUCCCAGACCCUGCAGCUGGAGGCGCUGCAGAGGAAGCUGCCCGCCAGUGCCAAGCCAGCGAACAAGAUGAAGAUGGCGAUGGUGAACACGCCUCUGGCCAUGAGGGUCCUGCCUCUUGCCCCUUCUGCAGGCAACAUGCCCCUGUGCUCACGCUGCCCCUUUGCCUUUUCUCUUGAGGACAUGGCCCCCCCUAGUAACAAAACCGAAGACCAAGUGAAGCACCUGCUGCUGCAAGCAGACCCCAGUAAGAUGUUCCCGGAUCUGAAGGACAACCUGAUGGGCAACAUGAAGCGCCUGAAGAUGACCAUGACUGAUGCGGACUGGAAGGCCUUUGAAUCCUGGAUGCACAAGUGGCUGCUGUUUGAAAUGGCCAAGAAACCCAAGCCGGAUGAGCGCAAGGCGAUCCCAGCAGAGAAAGUGCAAACUAAGUGCCAAGCGGAGGCCAAUUUUGGGGGUGUCCAGCCAGGUCGCUUCCAUCCCCAGUGUGAUGAGAACGGUGACUACCUGCCCAAGCAGUGCAAUGCCGCCACGGGCUACUGCUGGUGCUCCUACAAAAAUGGCACCAGGAUUGAGGGCACAGCCACCCGGGAAAAGCUGGACUGCCCCGAUGCUGCUGUCAGAGAUGCUACCACAGAGCCUGAGGAGAUGAUCUUCUCUGGGGUGAACUUGCUCAAGCUGGGAGCAGACAAAGCAGACAAGUAG